AUGGCGGGGCCCGCCGCGGGGGUGCUCGUGCUUGCGCUGCUGCAGGCCGCUGGCGCCCUGGGCCUCCACGCGGCGAAGGAGCAGGGGCUCAAGCACGUGAAGAAACAUGGGCACCGCCGGAUGUCGUACGGCCGGCUGUACCGCCACGAGGGGUGCGCGCCGCUGGCCAACAAGGGCACCCACUUCACGAUCGACGUGGAUGUGGGCACCCCAGGCCAGCGCUUCUCCGUGGUGGCGGACACGGGCAGCAACACGCUCAUCGUCCCUUCGUGCGUGUGCCAGGAGAGGGGCCAGUGUCCAGCGGACGACGGCUCCGAGCACUGCUUCACCGGUACCAACAGGUCCUCGUCUUUCCAGGUCGAGAGGGACGCGAAUGGGCCCACCAGCCUGGUGCUCACCUUCGGCAGCGGCCAGAUCAAGGGCAUCGUCGCGAAGGAGCGCGUGAAGGUGGGCCAGGUCGAGGCGUUCUUGGACGACGGGCUGCUCCUCAUGACCGACCGGGCCCUGAACAUCCAGGGCGCCUUCGAGGGCAUCCUCGGGCUGGGUGUGCCGCAGGCCCCCGAGGAUCCGCAGAAGCAGCAGGCGGAAGCUGCCGAGGCCGCGGCCAAGGCCGGCGGUGAGCAGCCAUCGGGAGAUGUCCAGCAGAUGCCCGCGAAUAUGCAGGACAUCAUCCAGAAGAUCAUGGGCCAGAUGCAGAGCGGCCAGCUGCCCGCCCCGCAGCCGGGCCAGACGGCGCACGGCCAGAUCGUGGAGGCUCAGCCCGGCCAGCAGCCGCAGGUCAUCGAGAUUCCGAUGCCGCAGGGCGGCCAGGACAUGUCGCCCGAGGAGUACAUGCGGAGAAUCGUUGGGGCCAUGAACAUCAGUGGCGGCGGUGGCAUGAUGACCGCCAGCAUCGGCCACGCGCUGGUGGCGUCGGCGGGCUCGCUGGCGCAGGCGGCGGCCCGGGGCACGUUCGAAGGGUUGAACCCGCUGGAGGACAUGGUGAGGAAGAUCAUGUCUGGCCAAGGUGGCGCCGCCCCGAUGAGCGCCGCACCUCCGACGAGGGCCUACCCGAAGGGCUUCCUCGAGCAGGCGAAGGUCGACCGCUUCUCGGUCUGCUUCAACGACGGCUCCAGCGGCGUCCUGAGCCUCGGCGGGGAGAUGCCCAAGGCCUCUCACGGCGGCAUCGGCAAGCAACACUGGGGCGUGGACUUUCGCGGCAUCUCGGUGGGCAAUGAGACCUUGCCGUCCCAGGCGCUGUUCUGCACGCCCGAGACCACGAAUAUGACGGAGGAGCAGAAGACCCCUUGCGGCGCUAUCCCCGACUCCGGCACCACCACGAUCAUGGGCCCGGCGGACCAGGUGCUCAAGCUGAUGGAGGGCAUCUGCGACGGCUGGGACCGUUGCAGGAAGAAUUACACCGCCAUGGUGGAGGCGACCACAGCCGCGGAGAACGACAUGAGGAAGAUCUACGGCUUCAACCCGUUCAACCUCAAGAACGCCAUCAAGAAGACCGACAUCCUGCAGGCCGUGCUGGCGGACUGCGAGACGUGGAUGGACGACAAGGUUGGCCUCAAGGAGCUGCCCCCCCUGCACUUCCACGUGCAGGGCAGCAACGGCACCAAGCAGACGCUGACGAUCCCCGGCCACCUGUACAUCAUGGAGACGCCCAGAAGUUUGCUGCAGCAGCAGGCGAACCACGUGUCGGGGGCGCCGCAGCAGCCCACGUACUUGCAGCUCGACAAGACCUCGAUCAACGCCAGCGCCCUCGACAGCAUCCCGAUCGGGGCGCUGAACUCCGGGACCGGCAGCCAGGAGAACAUGACGGGCAAGGUGUGCGCCCCCGCCUUCGGGGAGAUGCAGUACCAGACGAGAGCCAACGGCCCCGUCUGGAUCAUCGGCACGCCCCUGUUCUACCAGUACGUCGUCGGCUACGACGUCAGCACAGACCCACCCUCCAUCGCUUUCUCCGACCAGGGCGAGACCCCCUGCGGCGGCUGCGACCCCACGGUGCAGCUGUGGGCCAGCCCCUCCGCCGACCUCGAGGACGGACGAGGACUGGGAGGAGGAUCUGCUCGAGAAGAAGGAGGCCCACAGGCCCAUCCGUGUCGACGCCAUGCCGAGGACGAUGCCGCGCAUCGACACCUCGCAGCCGCUCUGAGGGGGGCUCUGCGCGCCGCUCCCGUCGCCGCGGGGCAGCGAGCGCACGGCGAGGGGGGGGAGGGCGCGCCGACCUCCUUGGGCCAGCAGCGGCCGCGACCUGCGGCCUCCGGGAGCCGAGGCCGCAGCGGCCUCGUCCCCCGAGGGGAGGAGGAUUGGCAGCGGUCGGAAACCGUGCCCUGA